AAGAUGAUUUAAUAACUCACAAAAUCAACGGUCAAUAUUUGAGAAUAAUUAAGUUAGUAGUUUAAAUUUGAGCUGAUGUAUAUAAGUCAGUUUAAAUUAAGUUUUGAGCUGAUGUAAAUAUGUCAGGUGGUCGGAAUAGUGCUGGAGUGACCCCAGUUUUUCUGUGUUGUUUCUUUUGCAUAUGAUAUAAUGAUUGCGGGUUGAGACCGUGAGAAUAAUUCUGCAUACACAAACCAUGCAUAUUCAUAUUCAGUCGGAGAACAGAUACAACCCUAGUGACUUAUCCUAUACAAGUCUAGGACUGAGAAUGAUUAACAGAGAACAAUCAGAAUUUAAUCUGAAAUAAUCAAAAAUAAAUUUCAAUUAUUAGAAAACAUCAUUAAAGACCCGGGAUGGAUAAUUUAAUGGUUCUUCUCCUUCUCUCUAUUCUCCCUCUAUCCGGAGCAGAUUCAUCCUCAGCUGGAUUCAUGUCAGAUUUCUUUCAGAGGUUUCCAACCCUGUCUGGGUUCAAAACUUCUCAGGGAGGUUCCUACGACGGGUUCAUUAAUACCUUGGAGUACAUGCAUAAGAAGAGAGCGAUCCCAAGUAUUGAGCCAGUAGAGAACACUCUCCAGGUUGAAGAAAAUCAGAAUAAGGAUGAGCUCAACGAGAAGAAAUCUAAGAAUGAAAAAAUCUCAAUAAAAUCUCGAGUUUUACUCCCUCAAAUAGUUACUCCAACAUCGGACCUUUAUCCAGUGUAUUUUGAGCAGGACAGGGUUCAGUUGAGAAGAACUCCGGAGCGCAUCAAUGAGCAGGAAACCAAUGAGCAGGAGAAGGAAAAUGAGCAGGAAACCAAAGAGCAGGAGAAGGAAAAUGGCUCAGAUAAACAUCUGCUAAGUUAUCAAUACAGAAGAAUCCCUCCACCCCAUGUUGAGGAAUCUCCCGAAAUAAGAACUAUCCCAGAUAACGAAAAUUUUGAAUUAAUAUCUCCAAGUUCUCCAGGUUCUCCAGUCCCUGCUGUUCUAUCCACCUUCAGAACAGUCACUAUGACAACAAUAUCUCCACUCUAUACAAACGUCCUUUUAGUUUCUCAAUCCCCAUCCAUACCACUGAGCACUAGCCGUCCCUUUUAUUCUUCGAUCAGUCCAACCUUAGAGAGAUAUCUCACGUUGAAUUUAGACAAAGUAGAUGUUUCGAAAACUUCGAAGGCUUUUAACUUUUGGGAUUGGACUUCGCAAAAGUCUUUCUUUCCGGAAGAUUCAGAGGUUGAAUUUGAUAUUUCUCCAUAUCACUGGAAAACCUUAGAUUUUUUCAAACUCUCUCCAGAAAGUCAGCUGAGUAAACCUGAUACAAAACAAAUUAAAAACUUUAAACCUGAACCACAGAAUUAUUUUGAAAAUUUAUCCGAACCUCUUUAUUAUAACAAUCCACAGUUGAGAAAGAAAAGUGUGAAAAAAGGUAUAAUUAUCAAUGAGAAAGGUUCUAGUGGUGAGGUUCUGAAGUAUAAGUAUACUCUUCUACCCACAGCGCCAACAACAUCGAUGACAACCACUUCAACAACAACAACCACAACAACAACAACAACAACUACUACUACUACUACUACUACUACUACAACGACAACCACAUUUACCACCACCACAACCUCUACAACUAAAACAACCACUAAGCCAAUUACUGAAGCCAUAAGAAAAACAUUACUGUCACGAAAACCGAUAAAAUUUUACGAAAAAAGGAUUAGAAACUCCAUCCAAAUAAAAAAAGAGUCAGGAGAACCUAAUAACAGUUACAGAGAAGAAAACGUGAAAACCCAUGAGUUUUCUAGAAGGAGUGGAACCCCAGUACAGCCCGACUUGGAGAUGGGUAACACCAACCUGUUAGAACCGGCCAAGUUCUCCGGGAAGCAGAGUGGAGAACCAGUUCAGUUUCCAAGGAGUGGAAAACAUUUUAAGAAUAGAGAGACACAAGUUCAACCCCGGAGCAGGAUACGGAAGAAAGAUGUGGACUGGUCAGAUGCACUUCCUUUAAACCCUGAGAACGAAGUAUCUGAAUGGGAGGGAAAGUCUGGUUUACUAGACAGGAUUGAAGAGGAUGAUGACUCCGAGAAGGAUGACACUACACUCUUUAAUCCAAUGGAAAUUACAAACCCAUUUGGACAGACACCAUAUGACUUUGAAGAUUUCAUGCCCAUUCCAAAAAUUAUACCUUUCGGUUUAUUCAAAAAUAACUUCUUUGGGUUUCCAUCAAUUACAGAAGGUGUUGGGAUGGAUACGAUUCUUCAAAAAGAAAAAGAAUUUAAGAAUCCAGGAGGACCGAGGAUCAAGAACUAUUCAGAGGAACGCACCGGUUUUAACAAGGAUAAACUAGUAAUCAGAACUACUCAAACUCCUAGCUAUAACCGAGAGGAGUUUGUUUAUCAAUCAAUUGAUGAUCCGACCGAGUCUGAGAUCCAUGAUGCUCCAGGUAUCCAGAAUUAUAAUCCUCCUCCCCCACCUCGAGAAUUUGAUUCCUCUUUGUCUUUUUUAAGUAAAUCAAGUUUGUAUUUAAAUAAAUUUAAACAAGAUUAUUGGAAAGGUUCGUCUAGCUUCGGUUCUAGGCCGGCUAAUAGAUUUAAACCUUCUUCAAUCAGAUAUCCACCUAUUCUCCGAAGUUCUGUAAAACUAAGUUCUAGUCCUGAGUUCUCCAUACCAUCAAGUUCACCUAAACCUGGAACUAACCGAACUGAACUGUCUACCCAGGUUGAGAUACCACCUAGAUAUCUACCAGAGAACAAGAUUAUAAAAGCAACAUUUUUCGAGGACAUGGAGAAUGGAAUUUCUUCUGAAGAAGAAACAAAAAGUACUAACCCUGCUCUUCCUCCCACCACAUCUCAUCCCCAGCUGAUCCGUCCUAACCCUGGCAGACCCCCUACCUCUUCUCCCAUCAAUUUGAUUCGUCCGAACCCUGUAAGAAGCCCCACCACAUCUUCUACCAAGAUCAACCAUCUUGAACCCCCCAGAUAUAAACCUCGUGAGAAUCCCCGGAAACCUAAGGUUAAAGUAAAACCAAAGAAAAUCAAAGGAAAACCAAGAUUUUCCCCAAAUAUAUUCCGCCCCACAGCUCCGAAGAAAACUCAACUUGUGAAAAGUGUAAAGAUACCAAGACCUGUCAAAUCUCCCAAGGUAUCUCUGAAACGAUUUGAUGAGGAUGGAGCCUACUAUGAUAUUGUUGAUAUUAAUGAAAGUGAUAAGAACCACAGAGAAGAGAUGCCAGUAAAUGUUACUCCAGGAGUAAUACAAACGAAGGAUGAACCUCCUAAAGAGGAGACAAUCAAAGAAAGAUUAAUCAAUCUUAUACACCAAUCUAUUCUACGACCCUGGGACUCAAUUCUAGGUGAUACUAAGAGUGACCAGGUUCAACAAUUAGAAGAAGGUUUGAAAGAGCAACCUACCUCUAAACCAAAUCCGUCCCGGCUACAACCUUAUCCAAACCCGUUUUAUCUAAACCUAGAAAAAUCAGAAAAUAAUCCCAACCAGCUGCACAGAGAGAGUAAAAGUUUCCAGGAUAUUGAUUCAAGUCAACCCAUCUUAAUUACUUCUAAACCUGAGAUCCAGCGUAUUCCCCCGAGAUCGUUUAUUAAGAAUUCUAAAUCUGCUCCGGAGGACAAGGUUCCUCCGUCCAGUCAGGAUAAAUAUCUUUCCUUCAUAUCCAAAUACGAGUCUCAUCAGAAAUCUCAUAAAAACCAAGAGCAAUCGUGAUAAUAAAAUAAACUUUUAUAAUGUGCAAUCAUGUAAAUA